AUGGCUUCAGUUGCCUGUGACGCUUUAAAAUUGGCUACAAAUGCCUGUGAAGGUGAAGGUGAAGGUGAAGGUGAAGGUGAAGGUGAAGGUGAAGGUGAAGGUGAAGGUGAAGACGAAGACGAAGACGAAGACGAAGACGAAGACGAAGACGAAGACGAAGACGAAGACGAAGACGAAGACGAAGACGAAGACGAAGAUGAAGAUGAGGAACAAACGAAGGAGACGAUAAAGCCUUUAGCACUAAAUCACGAAAAUCACAUCUAUCAGAAACGUACUAGCGGCAUAUAUAAAACAAAUUAA